CUCAACUCGAAACAUACAUAUAUGUGGUACCGGCGACACGACGUGCACAAGAGUAAACAAUAUUCUAUCAUUAUUAUUAUUAUGUGUCAUACUCUGCACGCAAAUAUUUAACAAAAACAAAAAAUUCAUUUUUCUUAUACAUAUUUUCGUUCUAAGCGUCUUUAAUUUAUACUUUUGUCAUUUUCCAUAAGCAGUAACUUUCACUCGAGACGUAGUGAAAUAAUAAGUAAAGAAUCAAACAAAGGAAGGCGUUCUUAAAUACUGCUGUUUCGUAAUACAUACUCAUACUUUUUUUAAGAAAAAUCGGAAAAAUCUCAACAUAAAUUAAACAGUAGGAAAUUCCGAACUGACUCUCGUGUGUUUGAUAAUUUUGUUAUCGUAGUAGUUGCUGUAUGUGAAUAAGCGCGAAUAUUAUACACUUGCAAAGUUUCACUCGGGGAAGAACCUGCCGUGCUUAUCAAGGUUGAAAGUGAUUCACUUCGAGGAAGAGUUGCAGAGUGAUGAAUUGAUUAGUAUUUGGAUCACCUCAAAUGAAUAAUAUUGGAAAUUUUAGUCCAAUUGCAAUGGAUUCAUUAAAUAUAAAUGGCUUGGAGAUGUCUCCAAUGUCGAUUGAUUCAUCUCCCACGCACGCUGAUAAUUUUAUUAUGUUCGAGGGCGCAACUGUCCUUGAACCUCCUUAUAUCAAAAUCUUGGUACAGCCUGUCGAUAAAUUUAGAUUUCGCUAUAAAUCUGAAAUGAUGGGAACUCAUGGCAGUCUUUCUGGAGAAAGAGACGAAACUAGCCAGAAAAAGGAAGUCCCAACAGUUCAACUCCUGAAUUAUCCUGGAAAUGCAGUGAUAAGGUGUUCUCUAGUCACAUCCGAGGAAGAUAACAGAAUGCCUCAUGCCCAUCAUUUAGUAAAGAGAGAAGGAAAUCAGGAGAUAGACACUUUUCAUGACUUAGAAGUUUCUGAGGAAAAUGACCAUGUAGCAGUAUUUAACGGCAUGGGUAUAAUUCACACGGCCAAAAAGAACAUAAAAGAUGAAUUGGUCCGUAAGAAAAAAAUAGAAGCUCUUGAAAAGUGGAAACAAAAAAACAUAAAUGUGCGCUCGCUAAAUGUCACGGAAACGACAAAGAUUCACCAAGACGCUGAAGAAGCUGCAAAAACUAUGAAUCUUAAUAGUGUUUGUUUAUGUUUUCAAGCAUUUUACCGUGACAAUAAUGAUGUUUUACAGGUUUUAAGUGAUCCUGUAUAUUCACAUCCCAUAAAUAAUCUUAAAAGUGCAUUAACUGGAGAGUUGAAAAUUUGUCGUAUUGACAGGCACACUGGUAAUUGUGAAGGAUCAGAUGAAAUUUUCAUUUUAGUUGAAAAAGUUGGCAAAAAAAACAUAAAAAUUAAGUUUUACGAAAUAGACGAUUCGGGCAAUGAAAUAUGGUGCGAUUAUGGAAAAUUUUCAGAAUUGGACGUGCAUCAUCAAUACGCUAUCGCUUUCAGAACACCCGCGUAUAAAGAUACAUACAUUGAGUCUCCCAAAAAAGUGUAUAUUAAAUUAGAGAGACCAUCGGAUGGAGAGUGCUCCGACAGUGUCCAGUUCACGUACAAAGCCAGCGAAAAAAUCCAAAAUAAGAAACGUCCAAGAGUCUCGACAUCUCAAUCUUUAAGUACUGAGUUUCGAUUUAUACAACCGAUGAAUCAGAACAAUCUAAAUAAUCAAUGGAGUACAGAAGAAUUUGCAAAUAUUUUCCAACAGAGUUCAUCACUUCAAUCUGAAGAGUUUAGAAGAGCUAUCGAUGGCAUCGAUAUGACCCAAUUUUUUGAUAGUUACUCUACUCUUGUACCUGAGGCAGGGGAAAACGUAACAGAUGGUCCGAGUCAAAAUGAUGAGACUUUUGCAAAAGACAUGUUAGUUAAAAUAAUUGAAGUAAUGAAAAAUAAGAAUUUAGCUGAAGUAAAGGAUAAAGUUAUGUCUCUUCUGAAAGAAGUCACAACUUAUGGUGAUACUCCUCUUCACGCAGCUUUACGAUAUAAUCAAACAGACAUAACGAAAACUUUAGUAAUGAUUUUUUGUCUCUAUCAAGAUUUUAAGUCACUUAUUAAUGCUGAAAAUAGUGUGGGAAAGACUCCUUUACAUUACGCUGUGAUUCAAAGUCAGCCAGAAGUUGUGAAAGCUUUACUGAUGUUAGGAGCUGAUCCUAAUAUUUCGGAUGAAGAGCACAACAUUCCUCUUCAUGUUGCAGUUUGCAUGCCUGAAGGAGCUUUAUGUGUGGACGUAUUACUGGGAGCCAGUUCAAAUGUAGAAACUGCGAACGAAGCAGGCUGGAUUCCUUUGCAUCUUGCGUCAAAAGCUGGUUCCUUGGGAGCAAUAAAGUCACUUAUAAGAGCAGGAGCUGAUGUAAAUAGAACGGAUCUUUCAUACGGCCGAACAGCGCUGCACAUUGCAGUGGAAGGUGGCCACAAGGAUAUCGUUGAAUUCUUAUUGAAAGAGACGAAAAUUGAGGUAAACACAAGAAACUUUGGAGGAAAUACGGCGUUACACAGUGCCGUGGUUAUGACUGGCUUGCGAGCUAAAGAAAUUUGCUCUCUGCUAAUUCAACAUGGUGCGGAUCCAUCUGUUUCUAACAAAGUGACAAAUGCGAAAGAUGCUGUGGAUACCGAAAUAAAAUUAGAAGUUGAAUCUGACGAAGAAGAAAGUAGAGCAGGACAAACUUCCUUCGAUCUUGCUAGAAAUAAUUUGGAUAUUCUCGAACUGUUACAAGAAAAUUCGUCUUUAAAAGAAACAUCAGAAACUGUUAAAGUAAAAGACGAAAAGGAAUUGGAAGAAGAAGCAUCGACGUGUGACGAUUUUAGCAAUGAAGACAUAGCUUCCUUAGCCAGCAUUCUCGAUAGAACGGAAGGUUGGAAAAAAUUAGCAGAGAAAACGGGUCUUGGAAUUUUGGUUCCUGUAUUGAGUAAAGGCAAAAGUAGCCCCUCUAUUACCAUAUUAAGCUACAUGAACGAUAUAGGAAAAAAACUGUAUGACGAUUUAAGUGAAUUGAAAGAAGAAGAGGCAGUUGAAGAACUUAAGAAAAUGUUCAAAAAGAAAGCAAAAGUAGUAUGAAAAUUUUACUCGAAGAUAGUUUUAAACUAUUUUAUUUUUACGACGAAUUUAUACAUUUUAUUAUUAUAUAAAGAAAAUCAUAUUGUAGAUCUAGAUUCAGUAUUUUUUUACUAAAUUUUUACUAUUGAUUAUUGAUUAAUUAAAAUAGGUAUACAUAAGGUUUUUAUUAUUAUAUUAGACUGUAUUAAAGAAAUUGUAAUGUUUAGUUAGUACCGUCAGAUUUAAGUGUUAAAAGAUUAAGUUAUGUUAACAAAGUUUCAAUCAAAAUUUAAUUAUGGGAAACUUUAACAAGUUUCAAAUUAACUAUUGCAGAAUUGUGAGUGAUUUUAAAAUUCGCUCCGAAAUAUUUCGAUAAGUUUAACGGAAAUUCUGUUCAAUGAAACUCUGCUAUAUAAGGAUUGUAAAUUGUAAAAUUUUGCAAAUGUAUUAAUUCUACUUUGUAAAAGUCGGUUUUAUAGAAAUUUGAUUCAACAAAUAUUCCUGUAUUUUCAGCGUUGGAGAUGUUUAUGCGUCUUCAAGCAGUGUGUUAUAAAAAUAGACAAAUUUCAGACUGACUUAAUGUAAUUUAAAUAUUGUGCAUUAUAUAAUGUAUUAUAAUGUAAUAUAAUAUAAUUAAUUUUAAAUAUUGAUUACGGAUCAUUGAUCAAUAAAAUUUCAGAAAAUUUA